AUGACCAUCAUUAGGGGAUUCCAGAACUUGGGGAGAGCCAAAUUUCUUAUAUCCUUCGAAAAUCAGGCAGAUCUGGAACAAUUCCACACUUGGUUUAAACAAGAUUCCAGAGUCUACAACAAUAUCAAAUUUGAAAUUGAACACGCCAAAAACAUCCCCGCUCUAAACCGUAAGCCUGAUAUCCGUAUCAUGGUUUACGGUGCACCAUAUGAGAUGCGGAAUGAUGUAAUUUUAACAAAAUUACAAGCAUUCUGCACCUCACUUAGAAUCAAAAGAAACACAUUUUCUCGCCACCCAAAUAUAGAUACUGGAGUGAGAUUUGUCUUCACACAAGAGAUAAAAAAACCAAUCCCCUCCAGUAUCUUGAUCGAUAACCACAAGCUGGGUAUCAAAUACGAAAACCAGCCCAAGACGAUCCAGAAGUGUUUCUUGUGCGGCGGUGAGAGCCACUUGGCAAAAGACUGCCCAAAACCACCACGUGUCCCUGACCCAAUGCCUGCUGCCCAAAAACAAAAAUCAGCAGUUGGCAAAAAAAAUUCGCAAACAUAUGCGGAUAAAGUCAGGGGAAGCAAUACAAGUCUCUCUGAAAUUGCCAUUGAGAGCUCCCAAGAAUUUUCCUCCAAACCAGAACCAAAACCUAAGUCCAACCUAACAGAAAGCCUCGGCAUCGGAGAUAGAACAGAAGCUCUGAUGGCCGAAAUCCAACAAAUUAGAAACGAAUACGAGGAUCAAAUCACCGCCGAACCGGAAAGGGCAACGUCUACUCCCGUCCCCGACAUCGAUGUUGAGCUCCCCUCAGGUUGGGACGAGCUCAACAUCGACGAUUACGAUAGAAGUAGAGAGGAGAUUGAUCUUAGAACAGCAGCAGAGAGUCUGCAAAGAUCUAUAAACCGGGCGUCAGAAACCCUCAGCCAAUCCACAGGCACUAAUACCACCUUUAAAACCCCGGCAAAAACCUCCACAAAACGACCUAUAACAAGCCCUUUUGAAGAUAACCUAGAGAAGAAAAACCGAAUAGAAGACCCUAGAAAGACUACCCAGAGAUCUAUCUCACGAGAUAGAACUGUGGGUAGUCAAGACUCUAGGGUCAGUAGAUACGAUGCCGGUAAAGCUCAGAAAGACCGGCAGAGAUCAUCCUCACACAGUAGAAGUGUCAAGAACUAA